UCUGCAGGAGCCCGAACCCGGGCGGGCGGCUUCUAGAGCGCUCGCUGUCUGGGCCGAGCGCAGCCUCUCCAGCCUGCGCGGGAGCCUGCCUUCGGAGCGCAACCAGAAAGAAAGACCGGCGCCGCCGGAGACCGGAAUCACAAAUUCUUCUUUAAACUCAGAGCUGCCGGGCUGUCCGCGCUGCCCCUGCCGCACUACCAGGGCCGGGCUAGACCUGAAAUUUGUGUCCCGUUUGCACCAUGGAUCCUUCGGAGAGGAAGAUCUCGGUGUGGAUCUGCCAGGAGGAGAAGCUGGUGUCCGGCCUCUCCCGCCGCACCACUUGCUCGGAUGUGGUGCGGGUUCUCUUGGAGGACGGCUGCCGGCGAAGACGGAGGCAGCGGCGGGGCCAGCGACGGGGCUUGACCGGCGACCCGCCAGGCCCCGGGGAACUGCCGGAACCCCCGGAUGUCGAAAACGACGAGGACGACGACGAGGCGCUGUCCCAGGGCAUGCUGUGCGGGCCCCCGCAGUGCUAUUGCAUCGUGGAGAAGUGGCGUGGCUUUGAGCGCAUCCUACCCAACAAGACGCGCAUCUUGCGCCUCUUAUCCGCCUGGGGCGACGAGCAAGAGAAUGUGCGCUUCGUGUUAGUUCGCAGCGAGGCGUCGCUGCCCAACACGGGUCCGCGCAGUGCCGAGGCGCGCGUAGUGCUCAGCCGCGAGCGCCCCUGCUUGGCCCGGGGAGCGCCGGUACGGCCCAGCCUGGCCAUGACCCAGGAGAAGCAGCGGCGGGUGGUGCGGAAAGCUUUCCGCAAACUGGCCAAGCUCAACCGGCGGCGCCAGCAGCAGCCACCGCCUUCGCCCUGUUCGUCCACUUCAUCGUCCACUGCCUCGUCUUGCUCGUCGCCGCCGCGGGCCCAUGAGAGUGCCUCUGUGGAGCGCAUGGAGACGCUGGUGCAUCUGGUGCUCUCCCAGGACCACACCAUCCGCCAGCAGGUGCAGCGGCUUCUGGAGCUGGACCGAGAGAUCGACCGCUACGAGGCCAGGGUGCAUCUGGACCGCAUGCGACGGCAUGGGGUGAACUACGUGCAGGACACUUACUUGGUGGGGGCAGGGAUAGAACUCGAUGGGCCCAUCCCGGGAGAGGAGGCAGAGGAUGUAGCGGUGGCGGAGGAGGCAACGGCGGCGCCCCCGGACAGUGAGGCACAGGCGGCAGCGCUGGAGGAACUGGCCCGGCGCUGCGACGACCUGCUGCGGCUACAUGAGCAGCGAACCCAGCAGGAGGAGUUGCUGGAACGUCUCUCCACCGAGAUUCAGGAGGAGUUGAACCAGAGAUGGAUGCGGCGGCGCAAGGAGGAACUGGCGGUGCGGGAAGAGCCGCCGGAACCCGACGGCGGCCCUGACGGUGAGCUGCUGCUGGAGCAGGAGCGGGUCAGGACUCAACUUAGCACCAGCCUUUACAUUGGGCUCAGGCUUAACACGGACCUAGAGGCCGUCAAGGCGGACUUGGAUUACAGCCAGCAGCAGUGGGACAGCAAGGAGCGUGAGCUGCAGGGCCUUCUCCAGACUUUGCACACUUUGGAGCUCACCAUAGUGCAGGAUGGGGCUUCGGGCCCCGGCGGACCCACGCGGGAACCCCAGCCUCAGCCCUGCGCGGAGAUGUGGGUGGACCAGGCCCGCGGACUGGCCAAGAACUGUCCUGGCAAUGACGAGGACUCUGAUACUGGACUGAGCUCCAUGCACAGCCAGGACUCGGAUUCGAUGCCUGUGUGCGAAUCCCUGGUGUAGGAGAAGCAGGGAGGGAGAUGGAGACAGACACGUCUCCCUUUCCUGCAGCAGGCAUUGGCCCUGCCAGCUCAGGGACUCCAAAUCAGGCUGGGGUGAGCCCGGAGCUACUGCCUGGCCGCAGAGCUCCAACCCGGUCGGGGAAGGGUUGGGGACGCCUGCCGGGCAGCGGCUCUCCUCUGGCUACAGGGUGAGUGUGGAGGACGGUGAGGGAGAAGGAAGCCGGGUCUGUGUUCCAAGCUCUUUUAAGAGAAAGAAGCAGUGAGGAGGUGGAAACCCCUUAUAUUAGAAAACUAGUAUAGCACCUCUCAGUCCAAAGGUGCAGCCUCCUCCUUCUCCAUCACCCUGGGGAAACAGACGUGGUCCAAACCCAUUUUCAAAACAAGAAACAAGUAUUAUGGCGAUUUCCCCACUCCUCUGUAGGGAAGGACUGAUGGCAGCUAGAACUGUAGUUUGUGGCAUAAAGUGCUCUUAAAAGAAACAGUUGGAUGAAAAGGAAAUUCCUUGAAUGUUAAUUGUGACUGUAAACGUGUUAAAACUAGCCAAAGAGGACGCACUGGUGUUGGUCUCAGCCUUACUUAACAUCUUUGAUAAAAACCGUAGGCACCAAAACCCUGCCUGUUUACAUUUCUGCAGAUUUGGGAAUUACCCAUCUGCUAAAUCAUUUGCCUUUUCUUUCAAAGUCUAAAUUGUAUCAAAAUCAAACUCUGUAUUUCCUCCUAGUAAAUACAGUGUAGGUUAAAAGGGGAUCCUUUUUCCAAAAUAGCCUUUUAUUAUUACCAAAGUCAAACAUAUUCUUUUGCAGAUAUAAAAUCCUGGCAAACAUAAUCCCUGGUUAAAAUUUAAUCUGGGCUCUUUGGGGUCUGUUCCUGCAAAGGCAGGUGUGUUGUCCUUUAGUUCAUACUGCCACUUCAUUGACCCCAUCACUGUUAUUUCAGAAAAAAUAGAAGGGAAGUUGCAGAACUCAAGUUACACACAACUAAGUUUGCUGUUUAAUGAGCACUUUAAGACUUAAAAGCAAAGAUCUUUGCUCACAUUCAGCUUUGAACUUGAACUGUAAGAUUAAAACUAACCAUGACCUUCAUGGAUUUUACCCAAACCCAACUCUAACUUCAGUAUCUUUGGUCAGAGGUUAGCUACUUGUUCAAACUUAAGUCGAGACAGUGUAAAUAUCAGGGUUUACUAGAUAAAGGCCCCCAAAUGAAAAGUAGAAUAAUCUCCUAGUACACCUUGGGUGAACAAGUUGAUUAACCAUAGCACGUAGCCAUGGAUAAAAGCAUAUUAAGUGAGCUAAGGAUUUGAAUUACUCUUGUCCAGUGCACAACUGUGCACACGCCAGGGGUGGUGCAAGGGUGGCACGUUCUCUGUGGCCAGUGAUCAAGCCACUGGGCACUCAGUGUAAUUCUUCUAGUUAUUUCAAUUAGAACUUAUCAGUUGUAGCAAGUCGUUGGCCGGUGGAAGGAGCCUGCUGGCUGGUUUCCCUUUGGAGCGGAGUACUUCUGAGGAAUGUGGCUCUAAUCUGUCCUGAGGAGGUAUUAACAAUGGGCUGUGUGUGUGGUGCCCGCCUGGUGGAGAGCCUGGUUAUCAACCUGACUGUGGAGGGGCUGGCUCCAGUUUCAACACUACACGUGAAGAUAACUUAAGAGGCCUUGCUCUAUGGAGAAGCUUCUUCCCUUGCAGGGGUCCUCUGUGUUGCCAAAAGGAGCCUGCCCUCCUGACCUCCUCAAGCCACCCUCUGUGCUGUCUCCUUCCUAGAGACAGCCCCACCUUGGAUACUGCCACCGCCAUGGUAUUACAACACGUGUGCGCGUUUUCAGAUUUUUCAAGUAAAAUCGGAAUUAAAAGGCCGUUUUCUUAAUUGAUGUUUUCCAAAGACCUUACUUGGCAUAAUUAUGGUUUUUUAGUUUCGUCUGAUGCAGCAAACAUCUAUGCGUUUGGUCUUGGGCAUGAUUAAAAUGAGGAAGGAACCAAAAGAAACCCACUGUCCUCAACAAUCAUUUGAUCCCUAAACACGAAGUCUAAUGGUAGCUUUCAUUUUGAGGCAGAGGUAAAAUCCUCAUUAGAGUGUGACAAAUGCUACUUGUCUGAAUGGUUUAUGCUGGCAAUGGGCUGACCUGGUGGUUUUUAAAUUAUUGUGCUUUCUUUCCCCCUAGGGUGGUAGGGGAGGUGGCUCUUGGAUGUUUAUUAACUCCGAAAGAACACAGAAGUUGGCAGAACAGGACUGCCUGGCAGAAAGGAGCUGUUUUCCUUUUCACUAUUAUUAUUCUAAACUUUGAUGGGCUGCUGACGUCAGCAAAUAUUCUUGAAGCCUGUAAAGCAAACAAGCCACAUCACAGGGAGAAGGCCUGUGGGAUUUUCUCUGUUGCUCUGUUUCUAGAACCUUCCCUGUCCCAACCACCUGAAGAUAUUUCUCUAGUCAACUCUCCAGGCAGCUGAAGAGGAGUCUUUAUUUAUAACAAAGGGCAGCCCAGUCUGCUGAGUUUUGCUUUCAUUCAAAUCAAUUAUAUUCCUAAAAGGCACCCUCUGUGUGGGUAGGAGAAGGCAGAACCGGGACAGGGCACGGGAUGGGGGAAGCCAGAAGGAGACAAUAGAUACUUUCACAAAGAGCUUUUUGCAAAACCUUGCAAAACUGAGAAAGAGAUGGUGUAAAUAGCACCAAAACAGUGCUUGUGUCUAGGAAGUGCUAAAUAAAUAUUAAAUAGGUUUGAUUUUCAUUCACAUGCAUAGUCAUCAUGGGCAUGAGAUCGAGUGCAUAGCAGUGAAGUUCCAACCCCUGAAUGUUAGCACCCCUGGGAAAAGUGGCUCCUGUGCGUCAGCUCUGUUCUUCAGCCCUCGUCAAAAUCCUGCGAGGAACCAGCAAGCUCUGGGAGAAGAGGAAGGAGUAUAGGUUCCACAUCUGCCAGCCCCAUACUUUUUUUGGAACUGAGACAACCAACUGUGUAUUGAUCUGAAGUAUCCCAUUCUCAGCCAUCUCUCAAACCCAAAGAUUCUAUGUGAUAUCUCUUUGUUUAUUUUCUUAUGUAAAAUGUGUUUAUUAUUAUAUUUACUAUUAGAAAAGUUACAUACUAUAGUCCUUGUAACAAACCUGAAAGUAGCAUGAAUGCAAACAAAAAAAGUCAUUCUAAAAUCUCUUACCCCCAAAAGCCUGUCACUACCAAAGGUAGGCAUUUUUUCUUAGGGACUUUUUUUUUUUUUUUUUUGAGUUUUGAAGAUUUCAUAUUUUGCUCUGUUUUAAAAAAUACAAUUUGAUAUUCAGGUUUUGACAGACCCUUGUAAGCAGAUCCAUUCACCUGAUAAAUAUAUCAUAAUUUAUAUAACUGCUCAUGUUAUCAGGUUAUUUUCAAUACUUUUUUUACUAUUAUAAAAUAAUACUAUGAUAUGUUUCUUUGUGCAUUAUCUGUUUCCUAAUUAGACUUCUUCCAUUCCUUCCAUAAGAGUCCUAGGGAGAGAAUUCCAGGUCAAAAAGGAUAAGCAUUUAGAGACUUGAUAUUGCCAAGUUACUUUUCCCAAGUUUAUUCUAAUUGCAAUAAUUGAAAUUAAUUAGUUCAUUCUUUGUGGCCUCAGGACCCACGACUGACAAUCACUGUCUUAAAAUAUCCUUAAAUAGCAAACGUGGUUAGCUAAUGAGAACUGUUAGAGAGAUAUGGUAUUUUCUCUCCUUUUUUUCCCCUUUCCCUGAGCACCUGCUUAAGGUAACAGCAAUCUGGACUCUCAUUAGAAUUGACCAGUAUCUGAAAGGAGGAGGGACAAAAACUCUGUAUUAGCAGGAUUAAGGAGAUAGCAAAUAUAAGUGUAUUUAUAUAAAGAAAAUAUUCAUUAUAUUUUAAAAUUUUAAUCUAUCAGGAAAGGUUUUCUAAGAAGAUAGCAUCAUAAAACAUUUGUGUAUUUCUCACCUCAUUGUUUACCAACAGUCUCUAGUAUCUUAAGUUUUUCUAGAAAGUUCUUUCUAGAUACAACACAGCACUUGAGUUUAUCCUUAAAUUCUUGAAAAGGGAAGAUUUGAUCAUGGCAGUCUGUGAAAUCUCCAUUGUGAAAAUAUUUGCUGAAUUGUUUCCCUAAACAACAAGGAAAGAAGAUGAGGAGGAACCAAUUUUUCUUGAGUGUUUCUCAAAUGCCAGAUCCUUGUGCUGAGUAUUCACAUGUGCAUUUUUUUCUUCAUUCUUCUUGUGAGAUGGCAAUUUUUAACCUCCAGUUUUUACAGAGAAACUAGGUUCACCCAGCAGAUCAUCAGUUGCAGAUGCAGGAUUUCCAUCUAAGUCUGAUCUCAAAUGUGCUCUGGUUGCUACCCACCUGAGGCCCAUACACAGGAAGUGUUUGGCACCUGGAAAAAAGAGUCCUCAUGGGCCCCAGGGUGUUGACAUUGGAGAGCUUAAAGAUUAUCAAAUUUUGUCCAAGUAUUCCACGAGGGAAGUGGAACAAGUUUCCCCCUAAUUCCAGACCUGGUUAUUAUCUACUAGGUGAGGAUUUAGUAAAAAGAAUGAGAAGGAGAAAUUCCUAUGUAAAUAUCUGAGUAAUUGUUUAUGAGAAGUGAGUGUUUUGCCUGUGGAAAAAAAUCUUGCAAAAAAUUAAUAUCCCAUAUAUCAGCAUAAAAGUUUUGACUGAGUGCCCCAAAGGCUGUAACUGCUGCAGAGCACAGGUGCACAGUCAACAACAUGGAAUCCUUGGAUACCAGGGUAGACCUAGCUGUGUGAUAGUCACAUUCACAUCUGGAAGGUGGUACCAACUGUGUUGCAGAUGUUCCUACUGGACCUCUUUAACUGGACCUUCUUAUGGUGAGCAAGUAUUAGGGAAGAGUAGAGAGUGGGAGUGAUGGGGCUUCCAAGGACCUUUGUGCCCAUGGUGUUAGGCAUGCAUACCUGGCUUAGGGCAUCUUUGGCCAUGUUGACUCCACUGCACCUGUGGAGACCCGGAAUGGGUUGCUUCAAAGGACCACUGUCCCAGCAUCUGCCUUCUCGUUCAUUCCCAGGCAAACCUUUCAAACACUUCUAAGAUGUUCCACGGUUUUCAGGAUAAUAUCCACAUUUCUUAGCAGGAUUUAUAGUUGUUGGUUAUUCAACUCAAGAUCCCUCCUGCAGGUCCACACGUUUCUCAAUGAAGACAACAGAAUUGAGUUGAUCCUAUAUCUUCAUUCAAGUCACACUUUCAUUUGCAUAAGGUCCCUCCUCUAAAUUAUUUAUUUUACUUCUCUGUCCUCUUUGUUAGUCAGUUUUCCAUUACUGUAACAAAAUACCUGAGAUAAUCAACUUGAGAAGAAUAUUAAUUUUGGCUCACAGUUUUGGAGGUUUCAUUCCAUGACCAGUUGGCCCACUACUUGUGGGCCUGUGGUGAGACAAUACACCAUGGUUGGGAGCAUCCGGCAAAGCAAAUUAUUCCUGUCAUGGCUGGAAAGUGAAAGAAAAGGAGAGACCAGCAUUUAACAACACUCUUUGAAGCCAUGACCCCAAUGACCUAAGACCUCCCACUAAGCCCCACCUUUUAUUGUUUCCAAUAGCACCAAGUUGGGGACCAAACUUUUAACACAUGAGCCUUUGGGGACACUCUAGAUCCAAAUGAGAGUCAGCAGUAUUGUCAUCUUAACAAUAUUAAGUCUUCUAAUCCAUGAACAAAUGGGUUGUCUUUUCAUUUACAUAUGUUGUCUUUAAUUUCUUUCAGCAUUGUUUUGUAGUUUUCAAUCUUCAAGU